AUGCACCAAUGUUGGUUCCGGAGUUUACGUUUCUCGGAAAUACUAUUGGGUUGGAGAUUUUCUCUUACGAUGGAUGGUUAUAUACACGCUGGUCAAGUUCUUCCAGCUCAAACUAUUCUACAACCAUUGCAACAGCCUUUAAUAAUGGAUGCAAACGGUGCUGCUCAACCAACUACAUUCGCUGUUCAGGCUAGCGAUGGUAGUUUGAUUCCAGUUCAACUAGCUACGUCUGCUGGUGGAGGUCAGGUUAUCAUGUUCCUUCCAAGUGCAGCUCAGCAAACAAUCUAUACAACUCAGCCUAUAGUCUCUGCUGCAACCACCUCUUUGGACGCUAACCUGACGUCGGGCCAGGGGCAGAUUAUAGGAACAACAGUUGAAGACGAAACGCACUUACUUCAACAGUUGCAGCAGUCUUCACAAGUUCAAGUUAUUCAUCAGACUCAGUCAGCAUUAUCUCAAUCUGUUUCAAAUACUCAAGUCGUUCAGGUCUCUAGUCCACAAUCUGAAGCUGCAAUCGGUCAGCAAGGAAUCUCCACACAAGCAUCCGCAACAGUGUCACCUGGUGUUGCUCCUGGGGGCGAGGAACCUCUUUACGUUAAUGCCAAACAAUACCACCGAAUUCUAAAGCGUCGUCAAGCUCGAGCAAAAUUAGAGGCACAAGGUCGUAUUCCGAAGGAAAGACGAAAAUAUCUACAUGAAUCUAGACAUAAGCAUGCUAUGAACCGCAUACGAAGCUCUGGUGGUCGAUUCUUUUCCAUUGUAAAACUAAGAUUUUGUCUAACUGAUAUCCUAUCUCAACGCUGCUGA